CGAUGUUGCCCGUUUACGGCGCUGUAGAAAAUCGGAGCGGCUCUCUGACCCCGGGAUGGUGCUAAUGGUUCGUGCAAUUACAGACCCUGGUGUACCUGGCUGGUGGCUGGGCGGGUUACAUUGUCCGAUAGCACACCCCAUCGCCGCGCGUCUCACGGAGAGUUCCUGAUCCUCACGCACGACGCUACGUCGCCGGGAUUGCAGCGGCGAAGGACGGCGGAUUCACCGCACAAGCUGAAUUACAAGGCGUGGUUUCCGUCACAUCCGAGGGAUCAGGUCAAAUCCGUCUUAAAUUGGUUUCCUCUGCCGUCGUCUUGCUUUUUGGACGGAGCAAUAUCCCUCUUUUAUCAAUAGUACAUGAAGAAUUGAUUGUACUAUUGUUUGUCUCAUUUUGCUGCUCUUAAGUUUCACCAAAAUAAUGUUUGUUUUUUCAUUUUAGAGGAGUUCUAAAUCAGUGUUACACUGAAACUUUCAAAAUUGGUUCAUGGAAUCUGACUUAUGAGCAUCUUCUUUAAAUGCUGACGAUUUGUGAUGUAUCUGUGCCAUUUGUCAUUUACUAUGGCGAUCUUUUUUCAAAAUAAGAUUCUUUUUCUAAACUUCAUUGCUGAUGAAAACCAACAAGCGUUUCAGCUGGGCCACAAAUAGCGACAUGGCCAACACUUCUUGGUGGUGGUGACGAUGCCAGUCCGCACAAGUCUACCCGCAUCAGCGCAUCACAUUGACUUGAUUUACAUAUCGCUGCGGCGGAGUCUGCCAGGGCCAGAUCUGCGCGCGCCGGCCCGAGGAGGACACCAUUUGGGGACUUAGCAAAAGCUGCUGUAGGUUUGCCUCGCUAGAGCUAGAGAACUGGAGCCGACCAGAAGAGAAGCUCACGCUACCACCACGGCUGAUGAGACAUGGAGAGGAACGUGUUAACUGUUCUGGUCUUUACUGCCCUUUCAUCGGUAGCGCAAGGCAAUUCGGCCCACAUGUCGAGAAACUAUACACUGGAAUUCGGAGAUAUACCAGGUGGCCACAUCCCAUCAUUUAUGCUGUUCAGACGUCUUCAGCACUAUGACAAGAGGAUACGGCCAAACUUCGCAGUUUCUCGAAUCUGGGUAGAGGUUCAACUGUAUGUCAGCAGCAUUAGCUCAGUCUCAGAAGCAUCCAUGGACUACAUCCUUAAUUUUUAUUUACGUCAGAGAUGGAACGAUCCACGCCUAAGUUACACAGACUUCAAGUCCAGCCUGACGCUCGGUACCUCCACGUUAGCCGAGAUCUGGAUCCCGGACAUUUCUUUUAAAAACGGGAAGGGCGCCGCCUAUCGGGAGGGCGGGGAUCACAACACACUGCUGCGGAUCUCCCCGCAAGGAGACAUCUUACUCAGCCAAAAGGUGGCGUUGUUGUUAUCGUGCCCAAUGGAUUUCCGGAUGUUCCCGUUCGAUACGCAAAGCUGCGGAAUCCAAAUGGAAAGCUACGGUCACACGACAGAAGAACUGGUCCUGGAAUGGGCCGAACCGCCAAUGGAGAUCGACCUGAGCAUCCGUUUGCCGGAGUUUGAACUGAAACAGUGGGGAACACGGCGGUGUGACAAUAUGGUUCUCACAGGAAACUAUUCUUGCACGGAGGCGUACUUCAAGCUGGUGCGACGAUUUGGAUAUUAUCUUAUUCAAGCCUACAUCCCGAGCAUCCUCCUGGUCAUCAUCUCGUGGCUGACGUUCUGGAUCAACCCUGACGUGGUCCCGGCCCGCAUCUCCCUCGGUAUCACCACUGUGCUGACGUCAACAACUCUCACCGCCUUCUCUCACGGCAGCACACCCAGAAACUCCUAUAUCCGAGCUAUAGACAUCUGGAUGCUGGCGUGCUCGGUGUUCGUCUUCGCCGCGUUGGUGGAAUUCUCGGUGUCCCAUUACAUCUUCAGGCGGCAGACCAAGUUCUCCAGAAUCGUGCGCAGAGUCUUCUGCAGAAAUAAGUUCCCCAGCACCUCCAACCAACCUCCACAGCAAGUUCCGGCAGCGGGGACGACACCGGAAACCAGCUACAUCAAUCCCAGCAACCCCCAGUUGGUGAACGGACAGCUGCAGCCGCGCGCCAGGAUGACACAGGAGGACGUCUCCAAACUGCACCAGAACUUCGCGCGCAGGAUGGACAUCAUCUCCAGAUUCCUCUUCCCGGGCCUCUUCUUCUUCUUCAACAGUGUCUACUGGCUGGUGUAUAGUACGGCGUAUGACGCCUGAGGAUCCGUACGUCUUUACGGAGUCGUGCGUCUUUGAGGAGUGAAAUAUAUUGAGGAGUCGUGCGUCUUGCGGAGUUGUACAUCUUGAGGGGUAGUACGCCCUGAGACAGGGCUCGUGAGCAACGUGAAACAGUCGAAAAGUACGCCUACCACAGAGAAACUGGCGACUAACAUGAAUGAACGAUAGCCCAAAGGUACAACCUUGACGCCGUGCGGACGGACGCAUUUGUACUUGUAGGCUACCGUAUUAAUGACGAAUGAUAGCGAUACCAGACUACUUAUGCCUGCAUAAUAUACAUCACGUGGCCUUUGACGUUUUGUUGGGCGACUCAUGGUAUCCAGACAUUGUGACCAUGACGACUUUAUAGUAACAAAAGGACACAAUGAAAAGUGAAAACAGGACAACAGUGAGACAUUUUUCUUCUGCGGAUAACGACUACUGUAUUAUUCCUUACAACUGCAAGUGAAACCGUCAACAUAUAUUGAUAAGCAACGCCUGUAAGAUAGAAUUCUACCUCUGCAUACUUCGAUGCAGCACCAACUUGCAGCCACGUUUAUCAACACUGGACAGGACCAGAAACGCUUUUACAUAUCUUAGAUUAGUAUCUACCGUCUCAAGACACUUCCAUAUGGCCUAGUCACAUUCGUCGUACGAUUGUCGAGCGAUCGUCGUGCGAUCGUAUACUGAGGAAAUUCUUGAGAUUGUCCUGUACAUGUUACACAAAAUUCAUAUCUUGUUACCGAAAAUAUUAUCUUACAGCCUGGUCGGUGGUUGGUUCAGUGUCACAGCCUUCUUUAAAAUCGCACGACAUCAAAAUUUUACGACGUCCUAUGACAUAUGUGGCCGCGCCUUUAAUGGAAAAUUGGUGUUAGAGAAAAAAAAAACUGUUACGGACAGAUCGCUGUGCUUUAUACGACAGUUUUCGCAUCUGGUAACUGGCGAAUGAAUUUCACAGUAAAUAUUCCACUUUUGGUGAUGACCAUUGUCAGAAUCCAUCUAUUGCAAUAGGAAUUAAUAAACUUGCGUAUGAUCAUUUUUCAAAUGUACCGAGUGGCCUGCUGUUCGAUGCCCCUGUGGAUUAUAUAUCGUGUCAGCUCUUCUUGAGAUAUGAUUUUAUAACUAUCGGCUGUCGCCAAAAUUCAUACCCCCAAUUACCAGAUGGAGAGUUUGAGUGGGUGUAUCAAAGGCACGCGUGGUGGAAGAAGAGGGAUGGGCUCGAUAUUCCAAUACCGAAUCCAGGACACAGUGGACGGAAGGACGUGUCCAGCUGUCCCAACGGUGUAAAAAGGCCACGAGACCUUAUCAAUCAAAAGAGUAUUUGUAGCAUCUGUACUAAUAAGCAUGUUCACGGAUCCAACUGCACAUGCGCAGGUCAAAGUUGAAGGCCCUCUGAC